AUGUGUAGAGCUGAGAAGGACAUUGUUUUAACCUUUCAGGCACCAUGCUGCGGGAAGUUUUACAUUUGCCGACUAUGUCACGAUGACAUAGAGAAUCAUCAGAUGGAUCGCUUCAAAGUUACACAGGUUCAGUGUGCAAAGUGUGAGACAGUUCAGCAGGUGAAAAAGACCUGUGAAAACUGUAAAACUGUGUUCGGAGAAUACUACUGUGACACCUGUCAUCUCUUUGAUGUAGACAAGAAGCAGUACCAUUGCCCACCAUGUGGAAUUUGUAGAAUUGGGCCUAAAGAUGAUUUUUUCCAUUGCGUGAAAUGUAACCUGUGUCUAGCUACUCAUCUCCGUGGGAACCACAAGUGUGUUGAAAAUGUUUCCCGGCAGAACUGUCCAGUGUGCAUGGAGGAUAUUCAUACUUCUCGUAUUGGGGCUCAUGUCCUGACCUGUGGUCAUCUUCUUCACAAGACAUGCUAUGAAAUGCUGUUUAACAAAGGAGCCUAUCGAUGCCCUUUGUGUAUGCAGUCUGCUGUGGACAUGACAAAAUAUUGGGAGGAACUUGACUUGGAAAUAGCCCAAACUGCUAUGCCAUCAGAUUAUCAGAAUAUGGUUGUUAAGAUCAUGUGCAAUGACUGCCAGCUGCAUAGCACCACGCCUUUCCAUGUUUUGGGUUUGAAGUGUAGUGGAUGUGGGUCUUACAACACUGCCCAAGAUGGAGGACCGAUGUCAGCACAGGGAGAACAAUGAUGCGCACACAGCCUGCCAGCCUGAAGAGCUCUCAAUGAAACCUCUUGAAAAUGAACUCAAAAUAUCUGGUUGGCGAACUUCCUUCUGACAAUUAUCCAACUAGCAAUCAGAAAGCAUCCAUAAUUACUGUUCAUUAAAUGUAAAUUCAUUGUCUAGGGGGCCAAUAAUCCACUUAAAUCCUUACUUUUUUUGUGUAUAGUAGUUUUCCCCAUUUACUCUGUACAUUGGCAGGUAAAGUUGAAACUAUUUUCCAGCAUGUUAGGAUCGAGAAACUGGCUUGUCUUGUACUUAGAUCAGCUGAUCUUUCAAUUCACAUUGGUGCACUGAAAGAUGUUCAGUUAUUUCUGGAUGUGCUUUCACGCUCACACGUUCUGCAAUCAUGGGUAUCGGAAAACUGUGUGUUAUCUUGUAGCUCAGAAUCUCGAAUAGAAGUUCUUGCUUUCUUUUGCAGAAUAUUUUUGCUCCUCAAAUCAAUUGCUGCAGCUAAGCCAAUAUAAUAAUACAUCCUUUGAAUCAAUGCUCUGCAUGAAUUUAGUAUUUAGAACUGUCUUUGGGUUUUAUUUAGUCAUGUAUGUCAUUUUGUUCUCAAGCACCAGGUUUAUAGUUUUACAUUCAGGAUUGCAUGUUGUGCACGCUCUUUAAUGUCCUACAGCUUACUGCAAUAUAGAUUGUGCAUUCUUUAAGGUACCGUGCGAGCCCUAUAAAAGUAUAAAAAGUACUAAAUUGUGAAUAUUGUUUACAUUGACAUUUUCACGUCAACAGUCUCAUUUGACACUUUAUUUACUUUGCUUCUGGCAGUCUUCUGCUUCAUUGUCUUUGUUUUAAGCAUGUUUUUAUGACUUCUAGUAUUUCAAUAUGCAAUGUGUUAGUUUUCAAUAUCAUCUUCUUCCUUUUAUUCCAAUGGAUCUUUCAUCUGCCACUCCCAGUGAGUGGUGAACCUCCAUUGCGCACAAGCCAACUAAAUCAAAGGCUAACUGCUGAGAUGUGCUUUUGUUUCAUAUGCAUCAGCUGAGUCAAUAGACAGCAUUUACAUCUCUGAGUCAGUGGUCUUGUGGCUUCAAGACCCAUUCCAUAGUCUCGAUUGCAUUAUCCAGGCUAAUAUUCCUGGUGGAAUACAGAGGAAAUGCUGCACUACUGGAGGGUGCUGUUUUGCAGAUUAAAUGUUAGAGCAAGGCACCCUCCGCUCCUCUCAGGCUGAUGUCAACGAUCUCCUUGCACUAUUUCAAAGAUGAGCAGGUGCAUUCAUCCCAGUGGUCGGGCUAAUAGUCAACCAUCAGCCAAUAUCAGUCAAGCAAAUUCUGUUCAUCUCACUUCUGUUUGUGGCAGUUUGCUAUAUGCAAACCUCUGUCACUUUUCCUAUGGUACAACAGUGACUGCACUUACUUCACUGGCUACUGUUGUGACUGUAACAGGGUCAGCCAGGUGGACCUCAUAGAAUCUGAGUUCCCUAACUGGGGCUGUUAAUCUGGUUCAUUCAGGGAGCUCUGGCUGACAGAUAUAAACAGGAGGGUCAGAGAUUCGGCUCACUCUGAGAGCUGGCUCUGAGGGAGCUGGAUCAGUGUCCAGGACUCUCCCCGUGUAAAUAAAGGGGGACUUGGUGACAGGGUACCAGCCUCUAUGCACUGUGCUUUGGAGUGUCCUGAAGUCAUGAAAGAAGUUCACAGUCACAAAUCAUUCUUUUUCUCUAAUAUGCCUGUUAUUGCUUGGGUAUAAAUAGCAAGCGUUUGUAUCCUGGAACUAAAUGUCCAUGAGUUGCAUUCUUAAGAUCAACUUGAGACUAAAAACAAUGCAAGACACUCCAGUCCCUGAAUGGAUACUAUUUACUCACUGAUGCUACCAAUAAGAUUUGUUAUGAAUGCAGAUAAAUGCACAAAGGUUCUCACAGUGGUGGUAGCAGCAAGGUAGAUAACGUUUGGGCUCUUCAAUCUGUCCGCUCCAGGUCUGCCGCAUCCUUUUUUUUCUGUUUUUGUCGUCUGUCUUCUUUUUCUUGGUGGGAAACGAGGUGUCAUCAUGGAGGAGGCUGGACUGGGAUUCAUGGGGAAGGCAGUGAGGAGGUGGCUCAUGGUUGUGGUAGACCCAGGGCAGGGACUCCUGGGGCAUCGGCUAGACCCGGAAUAGGGACUCAUUGUAGCUCGCAGACUGGAAUACCUUCAGAAAACCUGGAGCCGGGCUUGAAAAGAAGGACUGUUAGGUUGAAUAUUAUUUCUUAUUUUUCUGUCAUUUAAACAAAAGAUGAGUCUCAAAGUAAUUUUUUCUUAUUCAUUUUGUAAUCCAAAAUGGCGCUGGAUUGUGGCGACACAACAGUUUUCACUGUAUUUUCCCAAAUACAUGUAACAAUAAAGUCAUUCAUUCAAUACCCCAA